GGAGCGAUAACAGAAACGAGAAAACGCGGAAACAGAAGGAGCGGUUGGAGAGAGGUGCAACCGGCUACUACAACACACGCAGGCUACUCAACCCGCUCUUUCUGUUCUUAUACCGGGUGUUUCCGUUUUUUUUUUUAUCGUGAAGUUGUCGGAUAAGACACCUUUAUCUGGGACAAAAGGAUUUUCUCCUGUUUGAGAGUAUCAUUCAGGAUUGAGAAUGGGGAGCAGGGAAGAGGAACGGCGAAAACUCGCCGACAUCAUUAACCACUGGAACGCCAACCGGCUCGACCUGUUCGAGAUCAGUCAGCCAACGGAGGAGCUGGAGUUCCAUGGCGUGAUGCGCUUCUACUUCCAGGACCGCGUGGCGGGGAACUUCGCCACCAAGUGCAUCAGGGUGUCCAGCACGGCCACCACGCAGGACGUCAUCGAGACGCUGGCCGAGAAGUUCCGGCCGGACAUGCGCAUGCUCUCCUCGCCGCGCUACUCCCUCUACGAGGUGCACGUCAGCGGGGAAGAACGGAAGUUGGACCUGGAUGAGAAGCCACUGGUGGUGCAGCUCAACUGGAACAAGGACGAUCGCGAGGGCCGCUUCGUGCUCAAGAACGAGAACGACAUCAUCCCCAAGAAGACACAGAUCAAUGGGCCAGAGAGGGAAAAAGAAGGCGUCAUUCAGAACUUCAAACGGACGCUGUCCAAGAAGGAGAAGAAAAAGGAGAAGAAGAAAGACAAGGAGGCCUUCGCCCGCAUCCCAGAUGGAGAUGAGAGUGCCCUCAACAGAGAGGACGGGGAGAACUCGCGGCUGGCGGUGGAGGUGUACAAGGAGAUGCCGGAGACUAGCUUCACGCGCACCAUCUCCAACCCUGAGGUGGUCAUGAAGAGGAGGCGGCAGCAGAAGCUGGAGAAGAGGAUGCAAGAGUUCCGCAACAACGACGGACGGCCCGACUCAGGGGGGACACUGCGGAUCUAUGCCGACAGCCUGAAGCCCAACAUCCCGUAUAAGACCAUCCUGCUGUCCACCACAGACACGGCUGACUUUGCAGUAGCAGAGGCGCUCGAGAAGUACGGCCUGGAGAAGGAGAACCCCAGAGACUACUGCAUCGCUCGGGUGGUCCACUCAGAAGAUAAACCUGUGAAGGAGACAAUCCUGGACGACACAGAGUGCCCACUGCAGAUCUUCCGGGACUGGACCAGUGAUAAAGAGGCCUUAGUGUUCCAGCUCAAGAAGAGACCCCCAGACUAUGUUCCAAAGAAGGGCCACAAGCCAGCCGACAGGCGUGGCUCGGUUCCCCCAGAGAAACUGCCCUACCUGGUUGAGCUCAGUCCAGGCCGCGGGAACCACUAUGGCUACUACGCCUAUCGCCACCACGAAGACGGCUCCGACUCGCGGGAUAAGCCCAAGUUGUACCGCCUCCAGCAGAGCGUCACUGAGGUGGGCUCUGACUGCACUGACGACGGCUCCAUACAGCUCUUUGGUCCAGGCGUGCUUCCCCAUCACUGCAACCUGCUGCACGCCGACGGCUUGGUGACGGUCACCCCGGCGAGCGUGGAGGCGGAGACGCUGGUGGACGGCCAGCGGGUCAUCGACACCACCCUCCUGCGCAGCGGUGCCACGCUGCAGUUUGGCCACGCCCACGUCUUCAAGUUCGUGGACCCCGCCCAGGAGCACCUCGUCGGGAAGCGCGAGCCGGGACCCAUGAUGAAGGGACGGCACAAGUCCGGCAGCGUCCCGGAGACGACCUUUGACCCACACGGUGACAUCCACGCCUCCGGACUCCCCACCAGCAAGAGCUCAGGGAAGUUGGAUAUGGAGCGAGCAGGAAAUGGCAGUGAGAGGGGCAUGGUCAAGCCAAUGAUCCGUGGAGAGCAGCAGGACUUCAGCAAGCAUGACGGCAGGUCCCUGGACGGCCUGGGCCCCGAGCUCACGCUGCCGGCCAGCAUCGAGUUCCGGGAGAACUCUGAGGACGCCUUCCUGUCGGCCAUCAUCAACUACACCAACAGCUCCACGGUGCACUUCAAGCUGUCGCCCACCUACGUGCUCUACAUGACCUGCCGCUACGUCAUGUCCAGCCACUACCGGCCCGACAUCAGCCCGUCCGAGCGCACGCACAAGGUCAUCGCCAUCGUCAACAAGAUGGUGAGCAUGAUGGAAGGCGUCAUCCAGGAGAUUGCUGACGGUGAUCAGAAGCAGAAGAACAUCGCGGGCGCUCUGGCCUUCUGGAUGGCCAACGCCUCCGAGCUGCUCAACUUCGUCAAGCAGGACAAGGACCUGAGCCGCAUCACACUGGACGCACAGGACGUGCUCGCCCACCUCGUGCAGAUGGCUUUCAAGUACUUGGUCCAUUGCUUGCAGUCUGAUCUCAACAACUACAUGCCUGCUUUUCUGGAUGACCCAGAGGAGCAGAACCCCCAGAGGCCUAAAAUAGGUCAGUGGGCCGCUCUAGGUGGGGCCAGUGUUCACCAGUUUGGAUGGGGAAGUGAAGGCAUUGAUAGAGCUAGAAUACGUGGCCAUGUGUUCUCAAAACACCUGCCACCUUCCACCGGCACACUGACCAGCAGCGAGGUCCCUGAGAGAAGAGUGACUAAAGGGUGGACAGAGAGUGGACAAGAGGAAGCCUCGGCUUGGGCAGGACCUCCUCUGUUCAAAGGCACCAUCAAACUAGCCGCCGUCAUCAAACUAGCCGCCGUCAUCAAACUAGCCUCCGUCAUCAAACUAGCCUCCGUCAUCAAACUAGCCGCCGUCAUCAAACUAGCCGCCGUCAUCAAACUAGCCUCCGUCAUCAAACUAGCCUCCGUCAUCUUCUUCCUGCCCACCAAGCCCCUGCAGCGGGCCCGACUAGGACAGGCGGCCACAGACAAGACCCAUCCCUGCAGAGCUGUGCUGUUCUUCCCCCGUGGAGUGAGUUUAUUACAUGUGCGCGAGAUGCUGGUCAGACCCUCAAUCCUGACCCUCUCUCAUUUCCUGUGUCUGCUGCAGGGUGCUGGCCAGGACAAGCUGGGUAUCUACAUCAAGUCCGUGGUCAAAGGAGGAGCUGCGGACAUGGACGGGCGUCUGGCUGCAGGAGAUCAGCUGCUGAGUGUAGAUGGCAGAAGUUUGGUUGGCCUCUCCCAGGAAAGGGCGGCGGAGUUGAUGACCCGUACAGGUUCUGUGGUGACUCUGGAGGUGGCCAAGCAGGGUGCCAUCUACCACGGCCUGGCCACACUUCUCAACCAGCCCUCCCCUAUGAUGCCCAGAGCGAACGACCGUUCUCGGGACAAGGGCAAGUUGCGACCAAAGAGCGAGGGCUUCGAGCUCUACAACAACACGGUGCAGAACGGCUCCAGCGAGAGCCCCCAGGGUAACUGGGACAACUACCCCGAACCAAAGAAGACUAGUGGUGAGGAGCGGCUGCUGAAGAACCGCGCUGACCACCGCUCCAGCCCCAACGUGGCCAACCAGGCUCAGAGUCCAGGGGGAAAGCCAGUGUACCCUGGAGGACCAGGGAAGAUCACCUCUGUCUCCACUGGCAACCUCUGCGCAGAUGAGGAGCCGUCUCCCCCUCGUCCCGAGGCCUACCCCAUCCCCACCCAGACGUACCCCAGAGAGUACUUCACAUUCCCGGCCUCCAAAUCUCAGGACCGGGUGGGGCCUUCGCCCAACCAGCCCUGGCAGAACAGCGAGGACAGGCCCCCGAUGGAGGUCCAUCACAACAACAACAUGUCCAUGCAGAGAGUGGCCCACUCUCAGGAGGAGCUGUGUGACGUGCCGGGCGGCUACCUGCAGCAGCAGCAGGAGUACCAGCGCGGCAGCGGCGAGCACUGGAACCAGCAGGUGUCCUCGUCCCUGGAGUCCAGCACGUCCAGCCAGGAGCAGCUCAACUACUCCAACGCCUCCGUCGGCUCGGGCGGCAAGGGCCCCGGCAACCACAAGAGCGGGCCGGGCCGCUGGAAGACCCCAGGGCCCAACCCCCCGCCGCCCGGUCCCCCCCACGGCCAGUCCACGCGCACCGACCUGCCCCCCCCACCGCCGCCUCCGCCGGCCCACUACGACUACGAGCCCCAGCCCGAGAUUCCGCUGCCCCCGCCGCCCGUCUCCCAGCAACAGCAUCAGCAGGCGGCGGCCGCCGCUGACCGCAAGAAACGCGAGGAGCAGCAGCGCUGGUACGAGAAGGAGAAGGCGCGGCUGGAGGAGGAGCGCGAGAGGAAGAGGCGGGAGCAGGAGCGGAAGCUGGGCCAGAUCCGCACCGCACCUGGCCCGGGCCCGGCGCACGGCCAGCACGGCACCCUGCCCCACAUGCCGCCGCCGCACCACCACCACCCCCACAGCAUGCCCCCGCCGGGCGGCCCUGGGCCCCUGCAGAUGCCCCCGCAGAUGCCCCCGCAGCAGCAGCAGCAGCAGCCCUACAUGCCCCCCCAGCCCCAGCCCACGCCGGCUCCCGCGCCCCCGGUCCGGCCCGAGAAGCUGUCCAGCCUGCCGCGUGGCAUGUCUGGCCCAGGGGCCCCUCCGCCGCCCAGCGGGGACACGGUGAUCCGCGAGCUCCUACCGCAGCAGCAGCCGCGCACCAUCGAGCGGCGCGACCUCCAGUACAUCACCAUCAGGAAGGACGAGCUGGCCGCCGCCAGCGACUCGCUCUCGCCUGACCCCUGGAAGCGCGACGCCCGCGAGAAGCUGGAGAAGCAGCAGCAGCUGCAGAUCGUGGACCUGCUGGACAGGGAGAUCCAGGACCUACAGGCCAAGCCCGAGCGCACGGCCGAGGAGAGCGACCGCCUGCGCAAGCUCAUGCUGGAGUGGCAGUUUCAGAAGCGGCUGCAGGAGUCCAAGCAGAGCGACGACGAGGACGACGACGAGGAGGACGACGACGAGGAUGUGGACACCACCCUCAUCAUGCAGAGGCUGGAGGCCGAGAAGCGAGCGCGGCAGACUGCUGUCCCAGCAAUCUCUGUUCUAGACUUGUUGCAGGACGAGGAGCGGAGGAGAAAGCAGCAGCUGGAGGAGAUCCGCAAGCGAGAGGCUGAGGACCGGGCCAAGCAGGAGGAGGAGAGACGCUGGCGGGAGGAGGAGCGGGCCCGGCGCGAGACUGAGGAGAAGAGGAGACAGGAGGAAGAGUACUAUAACCGCCUGGAGGCGGAGAGGCGCCGGCAACAUGAAGAGGCCGAGCGCAAGCUGCUGACCCCCGAUGAGCCUGGUCUGUACAGACCGCCCCUCCCCAAGGACUACCAGCCCCCCCCUCCCGCCUCUCCCGCCAACACAGCCAACACUAACCACAGCAACAGCAGUGCUCCACCACCCCCCCCCCAGAGAAACACCUCUUACCUCAAAACCCAGGUCGCCUCCCCCGACACCCUGUACACUGCCAAGUUUGUCUCGUACAAUGAUGAGGAGGAUGAGGAUGAGGAUGCUGGCCUAGCAGGUCAGGUUAAGCUUUCCGCGACCCGGAAGUCAUACGGCGACCUCCCACCCGCCGCGCAUAAGCCACAGCCGCCGCCCCUUGCGCGAAAGCCCCGCCCAAUGUCCGACGGGAUCUUUCUGUCCAGUCAGUUCCACCUGCCUGCUGACAAUGCCAACAGUACUACUGGCCGGGCAGGCCACGCCCCUCCACUCCCUUCCACCAAACCCAACUUCAUUCCACCAUCCAAUUCUAAAGCAGGAUUUAAUUCGUACACUGGAAACACAACAGGGCUUGUAGGAUCGGGAGAAGUUUACAAGGAAAAAUGGAUUAAAAGUGUGCCAGAGCAGGACAACACGAUCGCAGGUAACCCCGAGAGCCUCACCUUUAAGGAACGCCAGCGUCUAUUCUCCCAGGGAAAGGAGGUGUCCAACAAGGUCAAGGCCUCACGGAAACUAAUGGAGCUGGAGAAUGAACUGAACACAAAGUAGACUGGAGCCUUAGUUAGGGAAACACGAAUGCCAGUACCUGGUCGUAGUACUGGGAAUCUAGUUUGAGUUUCCCAAUUACCUUGUUUUCCUUCUUCAAAUCUUUUUUUUUUGUUUUGUUUUUGGUUUUAAGAGAGUAACUGGACCAUUAAAUACUAUUUAGAUACGUCAUUGCAAUAAGAGAGACGAUACUGCGUAAUUUCCCCUCUAAAGAUUCAAAGAUUAUUAUUGAAAAAGCACUGUAAAAUGUUUUAAUUAUUUUAUUGAGAAAUUUUCAGUCACAUGAAGGGGGUUAUAUUUUGGUUUCAAUGACUUUUGGGGGGAAAAGAUGCAUUAUUUUGUCAUUUUUAUGUUUUUUUUUUUUAUUAGUAUACAGUAAUGUGGGAUAUUUUAUGGUGUUUUAUGCUCUUCUCUGCAUUGCGUAUUUCCCACUUAUUUUUAUGUUUUCCAUGAAAAUAAGUAUUCAAACUCGACCAACCUUUUACUGUUAUUAACGCUGCCCUAUACUCUGUGAGCGUACUCUGCUUUCAGAUUUAGAAUUUGUUAUAUGAUGGGAAUUAGUCAUCAUCCAGACAGAACGCCACCGCCCAUUCCAUUUCACCACUAAUGCAGGUAUCACGAGGGACCGUUUCACUGAAGGUUCCACCUGUUUGUAUAGCUACACUGUAAAACCUGUUUUCAUCAAUUCCAUUGCAAGCUAACAAGGGCGUUCACUAGAGCAUUACUCUUCGGAAAAAAAUACUGUCAUCUCAAUGCCUCUGAGCAGUUUGUACUCAUUGGAAAUGAAACAUUAAACAUUCCUGCAAGAACAUUUAGACAAGCAACAUGUAUCUUUCAGGUUUUUCUUCACCGUCUGAAAAUUUGCCAUUUUUUGCCCCAAAGUUUGAUAUUUUAGUGGUCAUUUUUUCCUGUGACCCCUCUUUGCAGUUUUUUUUUCUUUUUUUUUUUAACUCUUGUUUGAUUUGAAUGGAUAUUUGCGUAGUUGAGUGGCAGUGUGAUCAACUGGUGUAAAAAUGACCAGUAUGACAAUGAUGAGUCAAGAAUGGGAAAUGAUUUCAGUUCAAAUUUAAAUAACAAACACUAAAUGUAGGAAUGUAACAUUUGCGUAGAAAAUAUUUAUUUUAUCGUCAUGCAAUAGAUUUGUUUUCCUAUUUAUGAAAAUCUGUUUUAAUUGAAACGAUGAAAAGGAAACAUUUGAAUCGUACUGGUUUCUUUUUUCCCCUACUAUUUUUUUUUUUUAACUGAACAUGCCUAAUUCCAGUGAGGUGUGUUUUUUCAUUGUUUUAGGUUCCUUACUCCGCAGUAUUGGAGGUAAACAGUUGAUGCAGGAUUAAUUUGUGUUGCGUCUCCAGAUACACCUGCAUCUCUCCGUUCACAAAUGUCUAGACUUACUGAACAUGUUGUGUAAAUAAUUUUCAAGAGAUCAAAGAAGACCUGACUUUACUUUGUACAUUUUAAUUAAUUAUCUAUAAGGCUCUAGUGUCAAUAUCCCCCUUUUCUGCUCAGAAAAUGUAAACUGACAUGUAAACACAUGUUUUUCAUUUUAGGUUACAGGUUUAUUUGGUUUCAUUUUAUUGGUUGUUUCAUGUUAGGCUUUUGUAAAUCAAAUAAAUACAGAUUUUACAAAAAACA